ACUAGUAAAUACCCUGUUCCCUUCUGGAGAAAUGCCUGUGGCAACAAAAAUUAAGAGCCUUUCACUCUUUUGCAGAGACAGAAGAGCAACUGGAGCACCUGGUGAAGCUUAUGACAAGAAGGGUUUCCUAAGGGCUGGGAAGGCAUGAAAAUGAAAUGGGAGACUGCUCUGUGGACGGUUGCCUGCUUACUGUUUGCAUCUCUACCAAGAGGUCGACCAGACACAACAUGCCAUGCAUUUGUUGGAGAAACUGUUGUUUUGCCUUGCAUCACCACUUCUCCUGGAAAGCUGACCCUCUCCAAUUCAAUGCUGUUCUGGCAGAUAGAGGCUGACGAUCCUCAGCACACCAUUGUAGUGCACUUUGUUCUCAAUGGGCAGGAUUUGCCGCAGUUCCAGAAUGACAAUUACCAUGGCAGAACUAGCCUUUUUUUUGACCAGAUGAAGCAUGGCAACUUUUCCUUAAAGCUCUCCAAUGUUAAAUUACUGGACACAGCUGUAUAUAGUUGCAUCUACAAACAGACGGGGGAUCAUGCCGACAAAACACAGAAAUCUAAUGUUAAACUCAUUGUAUCAGCUCCUUCUAUCACUGAGGAGGCUCCUUCCCCCUCUGGACGCAGGCAGAUUUCCUCCAGAAGCCCCAAUGAUGCACCAUGUCUGGCAAUGCUUCCCCUCUCUUUCUACCUCCUGGUCUCACUGGGAGUUUGGCACUUGUAACUGGGGAAGCCAACCUUCUCUUUGGGAAGUUCUCUUCACCAGAGGACCUCAUUGGGCAGAACAGCUGUGUAGACAGAACGGUGUGACAACUGUUCCAGAGCCACGUGAAAGAAACACCUUAGCUGAAAACAGACCUAGCACUAGGUGUUUAUAUCCUGAAUUUUGAAGUUCCACAAAAUCAAAGGCAGCAAGACUCUUGAGGUGGCAAGUCUGGUUUUCAUUUGUUUCUUGGAGCCCGGUUUUAGUACUGGCAGUAUGAACAUAUGGAUUUUGUGGUUUUGCUUUAAUGACAGCAUAAAAGACUCAUAAAACUACAAAGUCACAUCAUAAUUGACCCUAGUGAGAUCUUUUGCCUAAGAUCUUAUCUGUUGUCCUUCAAGAGAAUUGUAGGGAGGAGAAAGGUAAUCACCCUCUGUGUCAGAUAAAAACUGGAAGUAGGAAGCUGCUCUUGUUUUCUGACAUGUAAGGACACAAAGCUUGUGCAACUUGAGCAUGUGAAACUUUAGCUUCUAUUUUUACUCCUAAGCAUCAUGGGCUAUCAGUAACAACUUUUUCUUCCACAAGAAAUGUAGUAUUUCUUUAGCGGAAGGGUGAAGCUGGCUGAGAAUGAUGAUGGAAAUUCAUAAAACAUCAACAUAGAGGAAGCGAUAUGUUAUUACAAAAUCCACUUCUAAAUAAGCCAAAAGCAAAAAAGAUUUAAUUCAGUAUUUCCUCUUUCUGUCAUGAAACACAGCAAGGUAAAUGUGAUUAUUGUGCAAAAGAUGGAUUCUUAAGGUAGAACUGUGCCAAAAGAAAUUGGUACUGCGAUAAUGUUAUAUCUUUAAAAGCAGCACCUUUGAAGGAAAACUGGUCAGAAUAAUUGUAACUGAUACCUAUGCAAAUUAAAUGGAUUUACUUCUGGAAAUGUUUGAUUCAGGUAGCACAGAUGUCCUGUGUAAACCUAAGAUUGAAAGGAUCCUGAAUACCAGCAGUAUCAAGAAAGUCCAGAAGUUCUGUUUCAGGCCACAGUUGCUGCACCCACCCUAUUGCAGAACUGAGAAGCAUCCAGAGAACUAUUCACCCAGGCUGGUGAACAGGGGUGACUGCAAGGCGCUCCUUCUGGCUGGGCCCUCAAGCCAGGGGAAGUGGCUGACUCAUAAGGACGCACAUAAAGUCGAUUUGGAACAAUUCUACCCUCUUUCCAACAGAAAGACAGGAUUAUUUUGUAAGAAAGGGAGCAGAAUAGAGCUUUAAGUGGUAUCCUUUGAGGUAAAGGAAAUGGUUACCUCUGACUUUCUUAACAAAGUGCUCUUUCCUCACAGUGGGGAAGAGGGAUGGAAUCCCAUGCACAGCCGGAGCUGCUGCUGCAGUGAUGCUCAGCUGGCACUUAGGCUACUCUGCAUACACGGAAGCUUAGUGUAACAGUCGGCGUCCCAUUUCAUAUAAAGAUUUUAAUAUAUGAAUUGUACAUACUGUGAUUGUCUUUUUGCAUCCUACCUUCCAAAUGUUUGUCUCAGAUUCCAUGUAUUUUUCAAAACAAAAGUUGAUUUAAAAUUAAAGCUUAAACAAACAAAACCCUGAGGAGAGCAAUCGCUUGGUCUGUAAGAGUUCUUAAUUCGUAUUCCAGUUGUUCCUACAGUUAGCUAGGCUCCCCAUGCAAUCAGAAAGUCCAAAAGGUGGUAUCUGUACAGGCCUGUUAGUCCCAAAACUCUGAACUG